UUUCUUCGAGUAUCAUACAGGUGAGUGUAACCGCUGUUCGGCAUGACCAAAUACCGGUUGCUGGUUCUGCCGACAUCAGUUGUUAGUGGCACGCCGCGCUUAGUGAAUGGUCGUCAUCGAGGACUACAAUGUGAUCGCAUAAAAAAGUGCCCGGCGAACGUGUUUUUAUGUGCUCCGUCCUUUGUAGUGACGUCAAACGCCUGUCAUACUGCAGGUGUCAGUGACUGUGCGAUAUGUCGAAGCUCAGAAGUCCGAAACGCCGAUGGUCAGAACAAAUUUCAGUAUUAUUUUCAAUAACCAUCGCUUUUUUACUGCAGACGAAUAUUAUCGACGCCCAGUCAACAGGAGAUAGCUGCGGUCAUCCACCCGUUCCUGUCAAUGCUAAACUUACAAGGGAAGGAUCCAGGGCUACAUAUACGUGUGAUGAUGGAUAUAAACUUUUCGGUUCAGAAUCGAUAACAUGUUCUGCAAAUGGCGCAUGGAUUGGAGAUCUACCGUUUUGUGGAACUAAUGUAGCUGUACAUAAACCAACCAAUCAAUCUACCACGGCUAGAGGUGGAAACUCUGGUAACGCCAAUGAUGGUGAUCCCACUACUGUACACGACGGCCGUCGGUGUACGGAGACUCUUAAAGAACCUUCACCAUGGUGGUCAGUUGAUUUAUUACAGUCAUAUCCAGUCAGAGCUAUAUCUAUUACAACAAGGGGUUGUUGCGGUCAUCAGCCUUUACAAGAUAUAGAAAUAAGAGUUGGAAACAGUAGCACUGAACUACAAAGAAAUCCAUUGUGCUCAUGGUUUCCGGGAACAAUAGAGGAAGGAACCACGAAAGUUCUUAGUUGCGCUAGACAAAUAGUUGGACAAUAUGUAUUUUUGCAGUUAGUAGGCGUUGAAGGAUCACUUUCUUUAUGCGAAGUUGAAGUAUAUUCUACUGACGAAUUUUCUAUUGAUCGUUGCUCUCCGGGAAGUUCAUCUCAGCAAACCGAUGUGGCCGUGUUUGAUAAUAAAUGUUAUGAAUUUAAUGUGAACAAAGGCACUUCAUUUUUGGAUGCCAGACAAAAAUGUCAGGCUACCAAUGGCGAUUUGGCACACGGCUUCAGAGGGUCAUCUUCGACGUUUUUAUUGGCUGAAUUGGAAAGACGAAAAUCUCGACUAAAGACUCAGUUGAUUUGGAUAGGAGUACAAAAAGAACCUAGUUUAACUUCACGAACGUGGAAAUGGGUUAAUGGCGAAUUGGUAACAAAACCAACUUGGGGAAAAGAUCAACCAAACAAUUACAAUGGUGAACAAAAUUGUGUGGUACUCGAUGGAGGUCGGGAGUGGUUGUGGAAUGAUGUAGGAUGUAAUUUAGAUUAUUUACACUGGAUAUGCCAAUACACACCAACAACUUGUGGAAGUCCUGAUAUCAAAGUAAACAGUACCAUUUUAAGUCCAUACACAUUUAAAGUCUCAUCAGUUAUUGAAUACUCUUGCCCAGAAGGCCAUUAUACUCAGGGAUCGUCUAAAAGAACCUGUGGAGUCAAUGGAUUUUGGACUGGAAUUGCCCCAAGUUGCAAGUAUAUUGAUUGUGGACCAUUAAGUGGUAUUGAUAACGGGACAGUAGUAAUGGAAGAUGAUAGAACUACUUAUCAAGCAUCGGCAAAAUAUUCUUGUAAUCAAAAUUACAGUUUAACGAAUGGAGAUGCUAAGAGAGUAUGCAAUGAAGACGGAAAAUGGAGUGGACGUACACCACAAUGUUUGUUCGAUUGGUGUGGAGAUCCACUCGAAGUUGCUGGUGCGACAGUAACUACUACGGGUCACAAAGCAGGUUCUACAGCAGUAUAUAUAUGUUAUCAAGGAUUUGUAGCUGUAGGAGGACAACAAGAGCUAAAAUGUGGACUAGGAGGAGAAUGGUCAGGAAAACCGUUGGUCUGUAGAUUUGUUGAUUGUGGUCCACCACAAAUAAUUGAAAAUGGACAGGUUAAUUUGAUUAAUGGUACAACAACACAUGGAAGUAUUAUCGAGUAUACGUGUGAACAAGACUACUGGCUUCAGCCUCAUACAAGUCGUCGCCAAAUGUGUACUAAAGAAGCAAAAUGGUCAGCGGAUCCACCUACAUGCCAACUGAUAACUUGUCAAGAACCCGAAGUUCCAGCUGGAGGUUAUGUGGUUGGUUAUGACUUUAAUAUUCAUUCAAGUAUUGAAUAUCAUUGUGACGCUGGCCACAAAUUAAUUGGUACGUCAGUGAUGCAAUGUAACAACAAUGGAGAAUGGAACUCAACACCACCAGAAUGUCAAUACAUAGAUUGCGGUAAACUUACACCACCUAUUUAUGGAUCAUUACAUUAUUCUAAUGAAAGUACACAUCUCGAUAGUGAAGUUAGAUUUAGUUGUAAUAACAAUUACAGAUUAAUAGGAGUUGUAUUACGACGAUGUCUUGAAAAUCAAACAUGGAGCGGAACAGCUCCUAGAUGUGAAGAAAUAAGAUGCCCAGAACCAAUACUACCAGAACAUAGUAUAUUGUCGGUAACGAGCAAUGAUCGAUUAUAUGGACGAACAAUUAUUAGGACAACGUCAGAUACAGUUUCUUCUUCUACUUAUAAAAUUGGUUCUUUAGUCAAAUAUCGUUGCGAAAGAGGUUAUAAAGUUGUUGGAGAGGCUAUAAGUAACUGCGAUGAUACUGGAUCGUGGACAGGCGUAAUACCACAAUGUAUUUAUGUCGAUUGUGGUAUACCAUUAAGUAUUGAUAAUGGAAAUUUCAACCUAGUAUCUAACGUCACCUACUAUGGAUCAGCAGUAAUAUAUGAAUGUGAUGAACAUUAUGAACUUGAUGGACAUGGUAGAAGACUAUGUCUAGAAAAUGGAACAUGGAGUUCAGAAACUCCUAAAUGUCAAGAAAUAAACUGCGAGGAACUGAAAAAUGAGAACAAUGUUUUAGUUAAAAUUCUAUCGAGAACAGUAGGGGGAAUAGCUCAAUACUCAUGUCCUAAAGGUUAUUUUACAACAGAUAAUACAACAAGACACUGCCUUCCUAAAGGGUCGUGGAGUGGAAGACCACCUGUUUGUCAAUUGGUCGAUUGCCAGCAUCCUGGACCAAUUGAAAACGGUCGUGUAAUAAUAAUGAAUGAUACAACAACUUAUAAUAGUGCUGCGGAAUACCACUGUAUACCACAUUUCCAAAGAAUAGGUCCAUAUUUAAGAAAAUGUUUAGAUGAUGGUCAGUGGUCAGGAGAACAACCUUAUUGCCAAUCUGUAAAUGCAGUAAUGAGUGAUAAUAGAACCUUAGGAUUAGCCGUUAGUGUUGGCGGUGGUAUUGUUUUAUUCCUAGUCAUACUUCUCGCAUUAAUUUAUUUAAGACUAAAAAAACCAACUCCAGUGAAAAAUACAGAAAACGUCGAAGGAGCUGUGCGCAAAGAAGAGCAAAAUACAGCAGUUAUGUCAUAUGCUUCUUUAAGUGAUGUUCAAAGUCAUAUAUAUGACUCAGUUCCAGAUUACACUUAUGAUGAACCAAAUAGUUAUUAUGAGCCAUCUCCAAUUUCUAAGUCAAAAUCUGACCACUCCGCUGGAGCUACUGUAACUAUCAAUGGAGUAGCAAUAAGAUAAAUCUCGAAAUUAGGUUAUCUUGUCAAUGUUAUAUGUACUUAUGUAAAUAUAUUUUAAAUAAUGUAAAAAUGUAGAAGUAAUUUAUCACAAAUUAAGAUGAAUAUACACGUAUGGUAUUAAAUAUGAAAAUAAUUUAUUAAUAUAAGUUAUUUGUCCUUUUAAUAUAACAAAUUAAAUUAUGUUAUAUGUAUGUAUAUUUAUGAGCUGUGAAAUAAAUUAAAU